AAAACUUUUAAAACAAAAAUAAUAUUGGGAUCGUACAAAAGGACCCCGGGGGAUACAAAUGUCUUAGCUUUUAAAAAGCCGGUUACUUACUUUAAAUGCGGGCAAUUAAGCUAUAUCGUUGCAGCAUGCAAAAUACGAACGGACAACCCGGAAACCCUAUUAGCCCCAACGACCAUACAAAGGGCAAAAAGGAAAAGGCCCGAAAUACGGUGUUACGGAUAUGGGAAAUUGGGCUAUAUCCGGCCGGCGUGCCCUAAAAAAAGCAAAAUAUCGCUACCUAACUCGAUACCGCUAUUUGGCCGUUUAGGCACCGGGGCUUAA